AUGCACAGAUUCGAUACCUUCAUCAAGAGGUACUGCGAGUUUCCGAUGGAGUCUGAAGACGGAGGACCGGAUGCUUACCUUGACGCGGUCUUUGACUUCAUAUCGCUGCGCCAGAUCGACAUCUGGGACUUCGCGCUUGACGAGUUCAGCGCAUUCUGGUUCAGCCGAUCGUUGAAGCUUGACCCAGCUGCGCUUUUCGACUUCGGAAUCGAGCUGCUUACUGAUCAUUUCUGGGAUGUGUGGCGCUCUGCGUUGGGCAUUCAUCCCACGGUACCGGCUGACAGCAUGUUCAACGACAUAUACGGAGACAAGAGCAAGGCAAUGUUGACGCGGAUCAAGACUUUUGUACGCGGAGCUCACAAUGGCGAGUUCGCUGACCCGGAUGCCGGAAUUCCAGCCCAACACUCCAUUUUCACGUUCACUGGAAUCAAACAGCGUGACGAUGAAAUGAAACGUUUGCAACAUGUUCUCCAUGUGCCGGUGCUCCCGGGCAUAUCUCCGUACGCAUACUACAACUACGACUCGCCCGUAUACGACUCGUCCAGCUGGGCUAAAGAGAGGCUGGAAGAAGCGAUGGAACGGAAUGAAGAGAUCAGAGGCAUUGAAAGGGCAGCUUUGAUGGAGGAGCUUUAUAUCGCUUGAUCGGUUUUCAACUGCGACCGUACAUUAUCCAGACAGUGCGUGGGCAGGAUACAUAGAGGCGUGGGGGCCAAGGACGCAGUGAGCAUUGAAGAUUCGGGACAGUGGUUUUGGAAGACUUUACACGUGUAUCUGCAGUAGGGGAUCGAGUUCUCAGCAGCAUUUUCCACUACGGCGGCGAAGUCACGGAACAGCUCUUCAAAAUAGUCAAGCAAGCUGUGUUGCGAUGCACAUUGCAGAGUCUUCACGCCACUGGCUUCACUUUUGCGGAACAGCAGAG